AUGGUUCGAACACCGGAAGAAAUUUUAAAGUUUGUGCGAGAUGUGCUUAAUGAUGAUUUAGAUCACAAAACUCAAAGCGAAAAAUUAAAUUCCUCAUUGCUCGCAAUGCUAAAUUGUGGUGCAGACGACAAAACGCUCGUUAAUAACAUCACCAAAAUAGCAGAAAUAGCUUUGGAUUACUUUCAUGCAAAUCUUGUAAAAGAGCUAGCAAAAGCAUUAUUGAACGUAGUACAAUCGCGCUUAAUUUCAUACGAAGAACAGGUAACACAAUUACGUCUAAGACUAGCUGAUAUAUAUGAAAAAGAAAAAAAGUUCGAAAGCGCUGCGAAAAUACUUAUGGCAGUACCUCUUGAGACAGGUCAAAGGACGUAUCCUGCAGAAAUAAAAGUGCGUACAUAUUUGAGAAUAGCACAAUUAGCCUUGGAAUACAAUGCCGAAGAGGCGGAAAGCUUUGUGAAUCGAGCUUCAAUAUUGUUGAAUGACUUGUCUAAAGAUGAUGAUCUGGUUGUGGCUUUCAGAACCCUCUAUGCUAAAGUAUUAGACCAUCGAAAAAAGUUUAUUGAAGCUGCACAUCGAUAUUAUGAUUUGUCUCUGCUGCGAAAUACAUUCAGUACUUCAGACAAGUUACAAGCACUAACGAAUGCAAUUUUUUGCACUGUUCUAGCUUCACCAGGUGUGCAACGAUCGCGUAUGCUAACAGUACUGGUAAAAGAUGAACGAUGUUGUAAUUUGCCUGCGUAUGGUGUCCUGAAAAAGAUGCAUUUUGAAAGACUUAUCGGAACCGAUGAGGUAAAAACUAGCACAUUAGUAAAUAUUUUUCAUUUUAAGAUUCAGGAAUUCGAGAAAUCAUUACCUUCACAUCAACAAAUUUCUGAUGGUGAUUGUAGUCUACUUAAACGAGCUAUCUUGGAACACAAUUUUGCGGCAGUGAGUAAUAUAUUUACUAACAUUACGUUUUACGAUCUGGCUUUACUUCUUGGUAUCGAUUUCGUACAGGCUGAAAAAAUGGCUUUGCAGUUAAUCGCUGAUGGCCGCAUUGGGGGCACUAUGGACCAGAUUGAAGGAUUAAUACACUUUAUUCAAUUAAAUAUGGAGGAAGAGGAUGUAUCACCGACAGAAGAGGCUUUGACAGAAUGGGAUCUUCGUAUCGCUGAAGUAUGUAAUGAUGUGAAUAAUGUGACUGAUUUAAUCAUUCAGAGGAAUGAUUCAUGGGUGAAGUUCAAGCGAAUGUCUUGA